AUGACAAAAUCAACAGUUUCACUUGCUUUACUGCAAUUGAUUCUCUUUUCGCUUCUGCUGCUCAUAUGCACUGAAGUACAUGGAUCUCUUUAUGCCAGCCAUAAUGGAGAUCACUCUGUACAAAAACGUUUACAAGAGUGGAUGUGUGCCUCAAAAGAUACCUGCGUUAAAAAUUUUGAGGAAGAACCUAUUCCAAGACUAAUACACAAAUUCAUCAAACGGCUGGAGGAUGUAUGGUCAGAAAAUAAUGAAACUGGAAGUAACAAUACUUCUUUCAGUGAGAGUCAAUACUCAUACUUUGCGUUUCUUCCCAAAUAUAUGGGUAGCGUUAUUCCUGAUGGUGUGACAGUUAAUUUCUCAACCAAAUGCUUUGAGAGAGUCUCAGUUACAGCACGUCAUUUAACCACUGAGAAGAUGGAGAUUAUUGUUAUCCCCAGUGAAGCAAAGAGUCUCCUUUGUGUGGAUCUUUUUCUUCUUGAAGGAGGUGGUGGUUAUUUACUAAAGGAGAUAGCAAUUCUGAAACCACACCGUUAUACCAUGGAUGUUUCGUUGGCAACCAAAAACAAAGCUGAGGAAUGGUAUCUGCUUACAAAGGGUAUUCGAAUCCAUCUCUUCCCAGGCACAUACUUGGAUAUGAUGGGAAAGAUCAUAAAAACUUUAAAUUUGUUUAAAGGACAUUUUACCCCUUCUAUUCCCCCAGACGCUCUUACUGCUAAUAUGGAGUUUAUGCGAGAUUACGUUCAAUCCUCUUCACGAAUGUCUCCACCGGUGGGUCCACGUACAAGUGGUUCACUCGUCGCACGUUCAUUAAAUACCACUCUUAUCUCUAGCGGAGAUGUGUUGAUGAUAUUGCGAGCAGACGGUUUGAAUCCAAUGAUUGGAUGGGCAGAGGGCUCCACUGUUGGACACACAGCAGUGGCAAUGCGUGAUAAAGGAAAUCAUCAACUCUUCAUUUGUGAAAGUACAACAUCUGGUGCACACUGGCCAAUAAAUGGUGUACAAUGUAAUACAUGGGAAAAGUGGCUUCAAUUGGUUGAACGGGCUGGGCAUAAUGUAUUAUGGAUGCCAUUGGCACCAAAGUAUCGUUCAAAGUUUAAUACCACUGCUGCUGAAAGUUUCCUACGAGAGUAUGUGGGUGUUGAUUAUGGAUAUACUACGUUUCUUUUCGGUUGGUUAGACACUGUACGUGAUAAUUUACCGUGUUUACCGCCUUAUUUCAACACGGCGUGUUUAACACCGGAGAUGGUGGAAACAGUACUGGUAUGGAUGGAUCGUGUUAUGGGUACCAAUCGACACAAUAUUGUCAGACAGGCCUUUACACAUCGUGUAGGUCGAUGGCCCGACUCCCUCUCUGUUGUGGAGUCACUCUUUACAGCUGCAGAGGAAGGUGGGAAGAAUGUAAGUUUUGCGGAUAUUUAUCAAAUACCAGAACAAGAUGAGUGGCUGUACACCACAACAAGAGGAAGUGGACCCACUCAGACAGAAACAGUGGUGGAGGUGGUAUCCAAGUCUAUGGUAUGUUGUGUAUUGGUCUGUAAUGUCUGGAAGGCAGCUGGAUUGUUUGAUGCUAUUGGAAAUAAAUUACAGUGUGGAGAACAGACCUUGUGGGAUAUUUAUUCUAUGAAAGUAUUUGACAAGGAUGCGAUGUAUGCAGGAAGACCAGAUGUGUGCAAGAAGUAUGAUCCGGAGAAUGCAUUCUGUCAACUCACAGGGAAUCUCUCACUGUUUCUGCAGCCUGAUGUAAAUACACGUGAACUCUACCCACAUAUGGGUGAACGUUGCAGUAGCAGCGCACCAGAUUAUGUUCGAGAUAAAAAAUGCUGA